ACUGCCCCAGCUUCGUGCCCUCACUCCUCGCUACACCACCAAAGCAUAGUCUCGUCCUAUCCAGCUCGUACCAUCCUUCAUUGUACUCACUUGCACACUCACACACAUGGUAGGAAUAGUAUAGUCGUAUACUCGCUCAUUCUGCCUCUCGUUGCUUUUAUCUACUCAUAUAUAUAUCUCUCUCCACCAGUCAUGGUCGCUACUACAAUACCCCCAAUGCGUGCCCUUUGCCGCUACCUUCUCCGCCCUCAAGCGCCCGUCUACCCCCGCUGCCACCACCUCGUUCGCUCUAAAAGACACUCGUCCGCCCCGGCUGGCGCUCGUCUCAACAAUACAGUCGAAUAUGACACUACUCCGAUCCUCCACCACACUUCACGUACCGCUCUUCAGAACCCAGAACUCCCAGAAGACGUACGCAAAGGCCAAACAAAGCGUAUAAACUUAUACACCGCCAUCAACGAGGCCCUGCGACAUGCUCUACAAACAGACGAGAGAACCUUGGUCUUUGGCGAGGAUGUUCAGUUCGGCGGCGUCUUUCGAUGUACCAUGAACCUCGCAACAGACUUCGGCACUGAGAGAGUCUUCAAUACUCCCCUGAGCGAGCAAGGCCUGGUAGGAUUCGCAAUUGGCGCUGCCAGUGAGGGAAUGCGACCUGUAGCCGAAAUCCAAUUCGCAGAUUAUGUCUACCCUGCCUUCGAUCAGAUCGUGAACGAGGCCGCCAAAUACAGAUACAGAUCGGGUUCGAGCGGUGUCAACUGCGGCGGGCUCGUCAUUCGCAUGCCCUCUGGCGGUGUUGGACACGGAGCUCUCUACCACUCCCAAUCUCCCGAAGCCCUCUUCACCCACACCCCCGGCCUCCGCGUCGUCAUCCCCCGCUCCCCAACCCAAGCAAAAGGCCUACUCCUCUCCUCCAUUCGCUCAAACGAUCCCAUCAUCUUCAUGGAACCUAAGAUCCUCUACCGCGCCGCCGUCGAACAGGUCCCAGUCGCCCCUUACUACCUCCCCCUUGACAAAGCCGAAGUCCUCAAAGCCGGCAAGGACGUCACCAUAAUAUCUUACGGCACUCCUCUGUACACAUGCUCCGCCGCCAUCAAGGCCGCAGAGAAGGAUUUUGGCUGCAGUGUCGAACUUAUCGAUCUUCGCACCAUCUUCCCGUGGGAUCGCGCCACGGUGCUGGACAGCGUCAAGAAAACUGGAAGAGCGAUUGUCGUGCAUGAGAGCAUGAUGAAUGCGGGAGUCGGUGCCGAGGUUGCUGCUACGAUUCAGGAAAAGGCGUUCUUGAGGCUGGAAGCUCCCGUUAAGAGAGUUACGGGAUGGGCCACGCAUACGGGGUUGCAGUAUGAGAAGUUCAUCAUUCCGGAUGUGACUCGUGUGUACGACGCGAUUAGACAAACGCUAGAUUAUUAGAAAGAUACGCAAAGACACUUGAACGACACGAAAAACGAUAUCCUAGCAAUUAGACGGAGUCGAUCCUCAUCAUAGCAUUCCCAAUUUUAUUCAUUGUACAAACAUUCGUCUACAUUAUAUUUAUCCCUUUACUUUUUUUCUUCGCCCUCGAGACCGAGAGACUAGGUCGAGAUUGACAGACCUUUCUUUCUUGCGGCCAAACCCCUUUCAACAUUUCGCCUAUCUUGCGCGGUUGAACCAUGCGUGGAACAUAUACCGGUUUUUGUCCGCCUAGGAGCCUCGUGUGAUGUAGUAUUUUGAUGUAUCGGCCGCGUACCAAACUUUUCACAACGUAGAGGGCAAGCCCAUCCACCUCCUCUGACAGAAUGAAGGAAAACCAGUGUGACGGGUAGAGAAGCGAUACAAUAGUGGCUAAAUGGGCGGUCCCCUCACGAAG